UUCAGGUGAAUGAUUUCCUAUCUGGGAAGGCGCCUUUGAACCUCACGAUGCGGCUUGGCGAGCACAUGAUGCUGAUACAGCUCCAAUUGUCCACAGUGACUCCUAGUUCAUCUCGCCGUUCAGCAAACACGAGUUCUAACGCGAACCCCAGUACCACCUCCACAAAUGGUUCGUCGUCUCUCCAGACACAUCCUGCCAUCCUCCCUGCGACGACCUCAACACCUCCUAACAAUCCCACGUUUUGUAAUUCGCCCACACUCGAGCCUAGCUCACAUAGCAGAUGUAGCAAUAUCAAAGAUUCAACACUUCCCCGACGACAUAACCCAAAUCCAGCAACGCAAACGUGUUCUAAAUCUAAUAAUACCUCGCAGAUCAGCGUCUCAGCUGCCUCAACUAGUCCACUGUUAGUGUCAUCGAGAAAUUCGCUUUCGUCAGUCUCGCCAUGUGGUAAGAACGCCUCUCAUUCCACGCCGGCCGACGGUCAUCGCCAGAAGAUAUCUCAUAAAAUAGCGGCAAUCGAUUCGUCAAGUUCCACGUCGCUUCAAGCACGGCCAUUUGCGUCCACCAAGUCUUCGACGUCAAAUUCUGGCGAGCCGGAAGUGACUCAGUCUUCCAGCACGUCACAAUCUUCCCAUAAUACAGUUCAACAUUUAGUGCAGUCGCCUUUGAAAUCCCUCGAAAAUGCCACAAAUAAUUUAAAUAGUGUUUUUGCUGGUAGUAAUACGUCAAACACGAAAAUACCAGUGUCACAGACUACGCCGGAUAACGCUGUUACGACAUCGUCGACGUCUCAAACAGUUACGUCGUCAAACUCCACUUGCAAGUGCGAACCGACAGGCUCCGCUAAACCUACUCUAGACACUCGCGCCCUGGCGGAGGCGUCCCGGAACCUCACACAGACGCUAAAGCAACUCUCAUCGGAAGUGCUGACGCCCCGUCCUGAUCAAUCCGAGGAUAGUGCGCGGGCUCGUCGCCAGGGUGCCAUAAUUGAGUCUAUGCAUCACCAUGGAAAGGGAGUCUAUUCAGGCACAUUCUCAGGAACCUUGAAUCCCGCUCUACAAGACAGAUUUGGACGUCCAAAGAGAGACAUCAGCACCAUAAUCCAUAUUCUGAAUGAUCUGCUUUGUGCCACCCCUCAGUAUCGCCGGCAUGCCCGGCAGGGUCAUACCAUCACCUUGGAAGCCUCGAGUGGUAGUCCGGCUAAGUCAGGUGGUUCCGGUGGCGGUAAUUUGGCAUCUGCUGAUGGCAGGUCUGGACACAGUAUUGAUUUCAUGGAGGAAUCGUUGACCCUGUCUCAGGAGAAUCAAGCCACUCGCGGAAAGAUGGAACAACUCCGUCUCAUCAUGGAGGAGAGGAGGGCUCGUCGUCGAGCCCGACGCGAGGCGCGUUCGGCUCCUUAUACCGUGACGCAGUGGUCUGCGAAGUCGGAGUCCCUAUCCACCCAGAAUAAUCCUGCGGGCGGUCGCACCCACGGAGACGAACCGAUGGACACUGCCGGAUCGGCAGCAACAGGUGAACAGCAUGUCUGUGAGCUGAAUCCACCUGAACCGGUCGUGGCUUGACCAAACCCAACGAAGAUAGCCAACAUGAUGAAAGUUUAAAAUUUAUGAUUUACGUACCACGGUCGAAUUAGGGAGGAUUGAGGACCGUUAGAAUUUGGGAUUGACUAAAUGGUUCGGUUGUGAAAGGUUUGAGACGACGGACAUUGAAAAUUUUUUGGUGAAUAUGUAUUAUAUAUAUAUGUAUAUUAGGAGAUGUUUACGGAGAAGAAAACUGGUAUCCGAAGAAAGGACGAUAUGGACUUUGUUUUGUCAGUUAUGAGAAUAAGUGCGUGUUUUUUAACCUAAACCUUCAGAAGCCAUUGAAAUAAUAAAUACUGAGACAACUUUCCAUUGGGAAGUACAAUGAAGCCUAAAUUUACUAUCUUGCUGGUUGACUAAUGUAGAACAAGUUUGGUUCAAAUGUCUUCAUGAAGUGGUCAUGUAAAAUUAUGUUGUGAACCCUCUUGUACUCAUUCCAACUGCUGUGCCAUUUAUGACUUGGCUUGUAUCGUAUAAUUGCAAGAAAAUAUCACGCAAACGUAUAUAUAAAAAUGCAUAACCGAGGCCGCAUUACAAAUUGUCGUUCCAUUCUGACGCGCGUUGCUUAUGCCGUGCUUCUUGUGGUUACGCUACGUACAAGCGCAGUCAGUACUGUAUAAAUCUCAUUUUUAUUUUUGAAUUCAAGCUCGUGUCACGGAAUUAUUUGCAAGUGUUAUAUCGUAGUCUGUAUAGAUCCUGACAAGAUUGAUUAAUAAAGUGAAACUUUC